ACCGGCGCUUGAUCUUGCACCUCAACACGAGCCUCUAAUGCGCCGAAGUCAUUCGAACCACCAGCUUACUUCGUUCCUAUAUGACGCACAAGAUGAAGGAAUCAGAACGACUACGACUUCCCACAUGCUCAUUUAGCGCCCGGUGCUCAGAUGAGUAGACACCUGAGCACAUGGGUAACGAGUAACACCUUGAGCAAUCAUGUGCUUGCGCAGCGCAGUUCUACAAUGCUCACUGGUGACCUUUCGAAGAGCCAAAACCAAUGAUUCAGCCUUGUGGGCUGCACAAUGCUGAUGGUCCAGAGUGUUGCCGCCUUUACUGACUGUGCGCCGGAUCUGAACCCAAGGCGCUUAGGUUAUCGAUCACGUAGUCUGAUAUGGAGAGGUGUAGCCCCUAGAAUGAAAGUUGAAACCAGAGAUAUCUUUCAGCAUAGACAGUCCAUCCAAAUCGAGCGGAAAUGGCCACUCCCCUCAGCUAUCCAGAUUACAGUCCCAGAAUUUCAUGAGAAGACUGCGCAGCAACAACCGCCUCCAACAGAACGGCCAAAGUUUCGCCGGAUAUUCAGGAGGGAGCCGUUCAAGGAACCCAAGUAUGAUAUGAAACAGGAACAUCCUGCCAGAUAUCUUGGCUACCGCAUAUUCUCCAGAUGGGUUGCCUCGGACUAGACCUACUUCAUUGUCCGGAAGUUCCCAACGCUCAAUGUUCAAGUAGCUCUCGCUUUACAAGAUAGGGUUGUGCAAUUGGAAGAGGAGUUGAACAAGUUGGAUCAAGACUGUAUUAAACAAUAUUCUCAGUAUGGAGAUAGCAACGAUUCCGACGCAGACCUGAUACAUAACGGGACCUUCCGAGAAGAUGAGAGUACCGCCAGGGUUGAGCUGGUCGAUAAGAUCGCUCAAGCGCUUGAGCGUUAUAGU